UAUCUCUUUCGAUAUAUAAAACUCUUGUCGUCUUUUCUAGCGUUUACUUCUUUUACUCAUCGUCGAAGAUGCAGAUCUUUGUGAAGACCCUCACCGGAAAAACAAUCACCCUAGAGGUUGAAAGCUCAGACACUAUAGAUAAUGUCAAGGCCAAGAUUCAAGAUAAAGAAGGCAUUCCUGUGGACCAGCAGCGAUUGAUCUUCGCCGGGAAGCAGCUGGAAGAUGGAAGGACCCUCGCCGACUAUAAUAUCCAAAAGGAAUCGACUCUUCAUCUGGUCCUCCGUCUCCGAGGUGGUAUGCAGAUCUUCGUUAAAACCCUGACUGGCAAGACUAUCACUCUUGAAGUGGAAAGCUCCGACACAAUUGAUAAUGUCAAGGCUAAGAUUCAAGACAAAGAAGGGAUUCCUACGGACCAGCAGAGGUUGAUUUUCGCCGGGAAGCAGCUGGAAGAUGGAAGGACCCUCGCCGACUAUAAUAUCCAGAAGGAGUCAACUCUUCAUCUGGUCCUCCGUCUCCGCGGUGGCAUGCAGAUAUUCGUCAAAACCCUAACCGGCAAGACAAUCACUCUUGAAGUCGAAAGCUCCGACACCAUAGAUAAUGUCAAAGCUAAGAUUCAAGAUAAAGAAGGCAUCCCUCCGGAUCAGCAGCGUUUGAUCUUCGCCGGCAAGCAGCUGGAGGACGGCCGUACACUCGCCGAUUAUAACAUCCAGAAGGAGUCGACUCUGCAUCUGGUCCUCCGUCUCCGCGGUGGCAUGCAGAUAUUCGUGAAAACCCUGACCGGCAAGACUAUCACUCUUGAAGUCGAAAGCUCCGACACCAUAGAUAAUGUCAAAGCUAAGAUUCAAGAUAAAGAAGGCAUCCCUCCGGAUCAGCAGCGAUUGAUCUUUGCCGGCAAACAACUGGAGGAUGGUCGCACCUUGGCCGAUUACAAUAUCCAAAAGGAAUCGACUCUCCAUCUGGUCCUCAGGCUUCGUGGCGGUAUGCAGAUAUUUGUCAAAACCUUGACGGGAAAAACAAGUACCCUCGGGGUGGAGAGCUCGGAUACGAUCGACAACGUGAAGGCUAAAAUUCAGGAUAAAGAAGGGAUCCCUCCGGACCAACAGAGGUUGAUCUUCGCCGGCAAGCAGCUGGAGGACGGCAGGACACUUGCAGAUUACAAUAUCCAGAAAGAGUCUACUCUCCACCUUGUGCUGAGGCUUCGUGGAGGGAUAUGAUAUUCUGAAAUGGCCUUUAAUUUUGGUGAUAUGAUCGAACUUGUUAUUUGAAAUAAAGUCAUGAU